GUUAAAUUGACACUCCGCUCUCUGGUAGACUAUUGGUCAAAGAAUGCCCCCUGUGGACAUAGCUGUAUUUCAUUACUGGGUAACAAACAUCAUUUGGAUGCCGGAGGACAGUCAUUGGUGAGUCAAACUGUCUGCAAAAACGUCAGGAGAUUAUCGGCGCGCAGCUGGAAUGCAAGGUUGAUUCACAAAGAAGAGUGAGGAGGUAGAGAGACAACGCCGAAGACACCACAGUCGGACCGAAUCACACCGCACAGCCAUGAAGGGGGAGCAUUUAUUUUCCAACCUGAGAAACGCCACGUUCUACCAGCGGGUCUACCUACUGGGGGGCGAGGAGCUGCUGGUACUGCAAAGCACUGUGGGACAUCCCGCGCUGGGCGACAGCUUCCACCAGAUCACCGACUUUAACGACCUGCCCACCUCCCUUUUCGCCUGCAACGUGGACCAGUCUGUGUUUGAGGAUCAGGAGGGCAAGGAGAUGUUCGAGUCCCUGUUCCUGGCCUACGAUGAGCGAGUGACGUUUCAGCUGUUCAAGAGCUUCCGGCGUGUCCGCAUCAACUUCAGCAACCCCAAAGCAGCCGCCAGCGCCAGGAUAGAGCUGCACGAAACGCCCUUCAGAGGCAAGAAGCUCAAACUCUAUUUUGCCCAGGUCCAGAACCCAGUAUCAGAUGGUGAUAACCUGCACCUGGCUCCUCCUCAGCCCUCUAAACAGUUCCUCAUCUCCCCUCCCGGCUCACCGCCCAUUGGCUGGCAGCAGAUAGACGAGGCCACGACCGUCAUCAACUACGACCUGCUCUAUGCUGUGGCCAAGCUGGGCCCCGGAGAGAAGUUUGAGCUGCAUGCGGGAACAGAGUCCACCCCCAGUGUUGUUGUCCACGUCUGCGACAGCGACACCGAGGAAGUGGAGGAACCAAAGAAUUGCCCCAAACCAAAAAUCAUCCAGACCCGGCGCCCUGACCUUCCUACUUCUCACUGAACUCUGUCCCCCUGCCACUUCCUGCCGUAACAUCGUCAUCUGGAGGAAGGAGAAUCGAUCCCCCGUCUCUCUCUCACAGGAACAUUCCCCGUGUUCAGCACUCCCCACCCUACGGCCGCCCCGCCCGGGCCAGAAGGGGAGUGCUCUCUGUUCCUCAUCCUCGUCGACAUACAGCCGUUGAUGUGCUACAUGUAUGAUUGUGUUGGCAAUACUCCAUACUUACAUCAAGAUUCAGCCACCAUACCCUCAGUGAUUGGUUCCUGUCUGUAUGAUUCUGUUGUUGUAAUGUCACACAGUUAGCAGUGAUGGGGCAGCACCUUGCUUUGAGCUCGGUCCUCUGAUUGGCUUAGGGGCUGUGGCGAAUGCCAGUGUAAAGAAGCCCAUUGGUCGCCUUUAUAGACGUGUGUUAGCCUUGCUCUCGCUCCACUGCGUAUGUACCACAAGCACUGACAAUGAAUAGCGCUUCUCUCAUUAGGGCAUGCUAGCUACUGAGGUGGUGGGAUGACUCUGCCGCUGCAUGAGUUGAAGUAAUCUGAAGGAGCAUUAUGGUCAAUACUUUGUCUUAUAGUCCCUUCAAAUUGUCAGAGGUUAUUCAUCGUGUUAUCAGUGCUGUCUGUCGACCAUGGGAGUUCUUUCAAUCUUGCAUGCACUGGUCUGAUAUAGUUUGUGUGUUUACUUUGUUCUGUUUUCUGUAUGAAGCUGUCAAUUUGACCUCUCUCUCUCUCUUCUCUAACUUCUCUCUUUUAUCUCCCUGUGUUUUCUGGCUAUCGGUGUUCUUCACAGAAAACAAUGCUAAUAACAGUUACAAUCCAUGCAUCUUACAGUGAAAGCAUUAUGUACAAUGACAUUUCUGUGAUUGUUCCUCAAUGUCAAUCUUUCUGUGUCCAUGUCUUGUCCCUGAAAGUCUGUUUCAAGAAAAAGGAGUAUAAGAAAACAAAAGAAAAAACUUAACAAAGAAAAAACGGAAUGCCUGGUGGCCACCUUUUCCUCAUAGGCUGAAAUGGAAAGCCAAUCAUAUAUCAUCACGUGAAGCCAGUCUAUAAAGUGCAUGGUUACAUUUUUAUAGAGAUAUUGUGUUGUCUGAGAACCGUGGUUCAGUCAUGGGAUUUCCUCGUGUUUCCUUUAUGUGCCUCUGUAGGGAGCGAGAAAGAAACAUUUAUUCAAACUCACAACGAAGAAAAUAAAUGCAUGAUGAUGAUCCUGAGAGGAGUAAAACAGAAAAAAAUGAUGUUGUUACAGAGUUAUGUUACACAAAUCUUCCAAGUGCUAUUACACAGUUUCUGUCGAGAUGGUCAAGGGGAAUUACAUACUGUACUCACACACACAACCAUGUUUGUUUUCCUUUAUUGUGUGUUUUGUUUUUCCUGUGUUGGUGUGCCUGGUUUAACUCAUAGGCAGUAGAACAAGCCCUGUACAAAUUGGACCUCCCUGUCUAUUUGUGGAGAACUGGCGUUGUGAUCAAUUUUCUAUUGUCCAAACUAUUGACCCAUCCUGUUUCAGACAUUGCACCUACACUCUGAUUCUACAUUACUGUGACCCACUGAUUCAACCCUGGGUGCUUUUAUACACUCUAACGCCUCACUCUAAACCCUCACUGUAACCCCUCACUGUACAUCAUUCCAAUCCCCAUCUCUGAUAAUGAUGGCUCAAAUGAACAGAUUUGAUACCCAGUUCAAAGUGCACUAACUUAUUUUUUUUUAUUCCAACCAGCUCCAGUAGGUUGUAGUUUUAUUCCAACCAGCUCCAGUAGGUUGUAGUUUAAUUCCAACCAGUUCCAGUAGGUUGUAGUUUUUAUUCCAACGCAGCUCCAG